AUGGGUUGGUUCUGGGCAGAUUCUGCGCCAAACUUAUUAACCACUCACCCUGUUCCGCUUUCCCCGUCAUUGUCGGAUGCCUCUCCUGCUCCGGGAUGUCCGAUGAAUACGUCCAACUCGGCGCCUUCUUCGGUGUCCUCUUCUCUACCUGAAGCUCGCAGUGCCUGCCCAGUCCGCUCUACAGAAUCCCCAUUCUAUGUGGCGCCUAAGACCAACCCUUCCGAUCCACCAACACCAGCUACUUUCGACAGUAAAAAAUCAACUCUGUCCAAAUUAAAUCCAUUGAACUACAUGUUCUCGUCAAUUUCCCAAGAACGGGCACCCAACCAAACGGUUGAUCUCCCUGUCGACCGUGAAACCUCUUCGAUUCCACGAGGUGAUUCAAACGGUCUUUGGGAGUAUCCCUCUCCCCAACAAAUGUACAACGCCAUGCUACGCAAAGGCUACACUGAUACUCCACAAGAUGCCGUCGAGGCGAUGGUCGCAGUACACAAUUUCUUGAACGAGGGUGCCUGGGAAGAGAUUGAGGGUUGGGAGCGCUUAUUUGCCGGGGGUCUGAUGCAAGGGUGGAAUAAGUGUCGACGCGGCGAGGAGAAUAUUGCUCUGGAUGCUGCCAGAGACGAGCUGACGGGCGCUGCUAACAGCAGCAAACCAAGUCUCGUUCGGUUCAAGGGCCGGCCUCAGGAGCUAACACCCAAGGCACAGAUACUUCAAGCUCUUGGUUGGUUAUACCCGGCGAAGUUUGGGACAAGCCCUCCUUUUGAUCGACAUGACUGGUUCGUCUUACGACAAACUCCCUCCGGCCCAAAGGAAGUCCGGUAUGUAAUAGACUAUUACUCCGGGCCCCCGGAGCCCACGGGGGAGCCCGUAUUUUACUUGGACAUCAGACCGGCCUUAGAUACACCGACAGCUGCUGUUGAGCGAUUGAUGAGAUGGGGGGGAGAUGUCUGGUGGCGAGCCAGCGGUGGUGCAGCUCGAGAGAACAGCUGA